AUGCUUCGCAAGACCCCAGGGCUGCCUAGGAGGAGUGGCAUGUCUCCAGGCAGGACCAUCGCCUUAGCGAUUGCAAUCUUCACCUUGGAAAUCAAUGCAUGGACCCCAGGACACCGUGAUGAGCUGACACAAUCAGAAGACUCUGUGUUGCCCAUAGACUGCAGAAUGAGUCCCUGGAGUGAAUGGUCACAGUGUGACCCUUGCCUCAAACAAAGGUUUCGUUCAAGAAGCAUUGAAGCCUUCGGACAAUUUCAUGGGAAAAGUUGUGUUGAUGCUUUGGGUGACAGACAACAGUGUGAACCCACUGAGGAGUGUCAGGAGGAACAGGACAACUGUGGCAGUGACUUCCAGUGUGGAACAGGCAGGUGCAUAAAGAGGCGACUUCUGUGUAAUGGUGACAACGACUGUGGAGAUUAUUCAGAUGAGGAUGACUGUGACAGAGAUCCACGCCCCCCCUGCCGUGACCGAGUGGUAGAAGAAUCUGAGCUGGGUCGAACAGCAGGCUAUGGGGUCAACAUCUUAGGGAUGGAUCCCCUGAACACACCUUUUGACAACGAGUUCUACAACGGACUCUGUGACCGGGUACGGGAUGGAAGCACUUUGACAUACUAUCGCAAACCAUGGAACCUAGCUUUUCUGGCCUAUGAAACCAAGGCUGAUAAAACUUUCAGAGUUGAGAAUUAUGAAGCACAUACUGAAAUGUUCAAAAAGAUCUUCCAAGACAGGACCUUGACUUUUGAGGCAAAAUUGGCUCUAAAAUUUUCAAUCACUGAAGCAAAGAAGAAAGUUGAAGGAGUUGAAGCAGUUUUCCCAGAAAAUAACUCUCCAAAAUCUAAAGAAUCUUCAGUUGGUCUUCGUUUUUCAUAUUUCAAGAAUGAUAGUUUUCAACAAUUAUCAACAUAUAUUUCAAAGACGAACAAAAUAUUUAUGCAUGUAAAAGGAAUGGUUCACCUGGGUAGAUUUGUGAUGAGAAAUCGGGAUGUUGUGCUGACAACAACUUUCGUGGAUGACAUAAAAGCUCUACCAACCUUCUAUGAAAAGGGAGAGUAUUUUGGAUUUUUGGAAACCUAUGGAACUCACUACAGUAGCUCUGGGUCUCUGGGAGGACUCUAUGAACUGAUAUAUGUCUUGGAUAAAGCUUCCAUGCAAGAGAAAGGUGUUGAACUGAAUGAUGUAAAGAAGUGUCUUGGGUUUGGACUGGAUGGGUCUCUAUAUAUCCCUUCACAUACCAUCCUUGAUGGAGUUUCACUUACAGCAAAUGCUAAUAACAAUGAAUGCAUAAAGACAGGUGGUGCUAAAGAAGUAAACAUCACCAGUGCUAACAUCAUAGAUGAUGUUAUUUCAUUCAUAAGAGGAGGGAGUGGUCAGCAUGCAGUUCUCCUGAAAGAAAAGCUUCUCAGAGGAGCCAAGACAUUUGAUGUGAAUGACGCUGCCAAAUGGGCCUCAUCUUUGAAAGAUGCUCCAGUGCUCAUUAGUCAAAAACUGUCCCCUAUAUAUAAUCUGGUUCCUUUGAAACUAAAAGAUUCAUACAUAAAGAAACAAAAUUUGGAAAGAGCUAUUGAAGAUUAUAUUGAUGAAUUCAGUGUUAAAAAAUGCCACCCAUGUCAAAAUGGAGGUACAGCAAUUCUUCUGGAUGGACAGUGCCUGUGUUCCUGCCCAGCCAAAUUUAAGGGAAUUGCCUGUGAAAUCAGUAAACUAAAAUUCAUUUAA